AUGGCCAAGGGUGGAAGCAUGGGUGACAUUGGAAAGAAGAUGUCUGAGGAAUGGAAUGCGGUUCCUGAGACAAAGAAGGCAGAAUACCAGGAGAUGUCGCAGGCACAGAAAGAGGAGUUUCAAGUCAAGUUCGCAGAAUACAAAACAACCCAGGACUUCAAGGACUUCCAGCUGAAGAAGGCUAAGAUGGAUGGCCGACACGCGCUGAAUGCAUUGACCAGGACCACCCACAAGGAUGCCCCGACAAAGCCGGCCAAUGCUUUCUCCCUAUGGAAGGCCAAGCACCUGAAAGAAGUCAUGGAGGAGAAGAAGGGUGCCAGUGCAGGUGAGCUCAGCAAGAUCAUGGGCGAGAAAUGGAAGAACGCGACCCCAGAGGAGAAAGAGCCCUUUGAGAAUGAGGCAGCCGCUCUGAAAGAGGAGUACAAGAAGAAAGUGGCGGACUUCAAGCGUCAGAAGAACUACAUCACCUUCUUGCAGAAGCGCUCACUUGUGAAAACACGCGAGAACCGGCAAGUGAAUUUGCGGGACAUGCCGAAGAAGCCGAAGACAGUCUACGCCUUGUUCAGAGAAGACAUCAAGGAAGAGGUCCCUACUGGCAAAGGAGAAGGCAAAGGCAUGAACUUUGUGAAGAAUAAGUUCCAAGAAAUGGAAGAUGAAAAGAAGCUGAUUUACAAGCAGAAAGAGGCCGAGCUCCGUGAAAAGUAUGAUGAAGAGAUGAAAACCUAUAAGGAGGGCGAGACUUACAAGACCUUUGAGAAGCAGAAUGGUAAGAUCAAGAGGGAACUGAUGACGGAAGGGAUGAAGGUCAUGACAUUGAAGUUCCUCAGCGACGCACCCGCAGAACCUCCGAAGAAUGCCUUUGCCGAGUACGUUGGGGAGAAGAGGCGUGCAGCUGGAGAGGCAGGAGCUCCCAAGAAAAGGACCAGGGGGCAGAUAAAGGAGGAGGUUGCUCAGUUGAAGGCAGAUUGGAGCAAGCUCGACAAGGAUGCUCAGAACGUCUAUGAAGAGAAGCGAAUGGAGAAGAGGAAGAAGUGGGAGGAGGAAGUAAAGGCUUACAUGGAGCUUCCAAAGUGGAAGGAGUACAUCGAAGAGGCAAAGUCGUUGAAGGUUCCAGUCCGGUCGCUUCUGUCCAGCAAGAAGAAGGCGAUCAAGAAGUUGAAGAACGGCAUGAAGUUGCAACCGCUGCCUGACCGGCCGGAGAGCAUGCCCACCAAGCCUGCAAAAGCCAGACGCAUCUACUUCCUGGAAAAGAGGAAAGAAGUUGACGACCCCUCAAAGUUGCAAGAGAUGUGGGAUGCCUUAAGCGAAGAGGAAAAGAGCACUUACUCGAAGAAGGAGGCAGAACUGGCACUUGAAUAUCAGGAGGCUCUCAAUGCUUUCCGCACAAGUGAGGAGGGGAAGCAGUAUGUAAGGAAGGUGAAACAGAUCCAGAAGAGCCGCGCGACAGCCAUCGCCAAAGACAAGUUCUUGGUGGACAUGCCGAAGAAGCCCUUGGGACACUUGCAGCUCUACACGCGUGACAAGGUCAAGGAGCUAAAGAAGGCGGAACAUUCAGUGAGCAUUCUGUGGUCAUGGCCAUGCUGCAUGAAACUCCUUGCUCAUCGGUUUGCUUUCCGGGAAAGUGUUGUAGAUGGUGGGCAGAGGCGACAUGUGGCAUUGGGAUCUCUGUCCGAACGAAUUGCGUGAGACUCUUGCAUGCAAGGCCUGCGCAAUGUAUUAUAUAUACAAGAUGCUCCUGCGCGCCACUGCAUCGCUCACGUGUUAGUGUUAUCCUGCAAUUCCCACGCACAAACACGGCAGUGAACAAGAACAAAGACAGACAGCCCUCGCGCGUUCUUCAUGCUCUGGAAGCUUUUCCUGGAUCCUUCGGAUUCUCAAGUCUAUCAGCCCAAUGAGGAUCACUGACGGCUGCAAAGCGAAUAGGUGUGCAUGUAGGCCAAUGUAGGCACGUGGUGGGGCUGCUUUGCGCGUUUUCCUCAGGUC